AUGGUGCCCCCGCCGCUGGACAACAACAACAACAACAACAACAACAGCAGCAGCAGGGGAGAGGCAUAUGAUGCUGCUGCUUACCCUUCCUCCCAACACCACCACCAUCACCAGCGCAACAAAUCCUCCGUCUUCCGCUCCUUCAUCAGUGGCAACAGCAACAGCCACAGCACUCCUACCCCCCCCGUCCACGGCCACCACCAUCACAAGCGCAACAACUCCGACGGCACAACCACCCUCCCCCCACCAAACAUAGCCACCAACCCAGGCUUUUACGCCUCGGAGCAAAACCUCGCCGCCAUCAACCGCGCCGGAGUGUACCACGUAGGCUGGGAACCGCCCACCUCCCCGGUCAUGCCCCCGACAAACCCAAUCAGCACAAGCCGCUACCCCCCCAUAACCCGGCACGGGUACGCCCUGGAGGAAUUGGUUCAGAACCGUCAGGAUAACACCCGCUCGCCCGCUGCUGAACGUCCACCCCCCGUCCCGAGAGGGCGGUUCGACCCGCAAUACACCUCCAACAACCCCCCGCCAUCCUCCCCGACAAAACUCUCUUCUUUUUCUACCCUCAAGGCGCUGGGGACUUCCAAACCGCCCAAAUCAUCAUCCUCGCCGGUUAAGCCGAAAAAGGCGAAAUCGGCCACCAAUCUGGGGGGGUUGCUCCUCCGGCCGAAGAGUUAUAAGAACCUCAAGAACGGGGAGGAUGAGAGCGGGCAGGGGAAGGACAAAGAGAACCGCUCACCGGGGGGAGUGGAGAGUCCGCCCCCGAUCUACGCCCAGUUUGCGAGCGGGGGGUUGAGCACCAGUCCGCCGGUGGAGUUGCCUAUCAGGAACAGCAGCUCGGGGACUCAUUCUGUGAUUCCAGGUGGUGGGGACAAAGGAGGAGGGAAAGGGGAAAGGGGGGGGGAUGGGGUCUCGAGACCGCCGAUCACGACGAGGCCGGGGGGAAUGGGGGUUAGGCCUCGGCCGAAGAGCUUCACGAGUUAUGUUACGGGGAGUGGGCUGAGGGAUAAGAGUAGGGAACGGGGGGAGGAAGAGCGGGGGAGGGAGAGGGAGAGGGAGAGGGAGAAAGGGGUGGGGAUCAGUUUCAAGAGGUUGACUUGGGGACGGGGGGGGGAUAAGAACAAGGAUUCUGGGGGGGGGGUGGUGGUGGGGGAGAGGCCGCCGGCUGGUUUGAAUAACCAUUUGGGUGGAGGGUCGGGGAGUUCAAACAGGAGCAAGAGCACCACGCGGGUUCCCAACGGCGGGAGCGGCGGGAGACCCAGGGGACGAGCGGGGAGCAAUACUGCCGACUUACCGGCUAUUGAGCCGCAAGAUAUUGACAGGCAUCUGGAGGCUAUGCUUGACAGGAGGAACAUCCCUGAGAAUCAGCGGUACAAGAUGAGGAAUUUGUCCGACACGGUGAAGAUGGAGUUUAUUCGUCAGGAUUGGGCCGAGAUGGUGGCCAAGAAGAAUGAGGAGGUGGGGAUGGAGGGGAGGCAGAGUGUGAAUCUCGCGCGGGGGUCGAUGGAUGUUGGAGCGAGGGGACGGCCGACGGAGAGGGAACUGGAUGAGGCAGCGGCCGGGGAUAAGUCGACAAAGAAGAAGAAGCACGGGAGGGGGUUGUCUUUGACGCUUGGGAGGGGGGGAGGUGGGAAAGGGGAUGGCAGUGGUGGUGGUGGUGGUGGGGAGAAGAGCCCGACAAAGAAGAAGGGGGAUAGUAGUCUCGGGAGGCAUUUUAGGGGGAAGAGCAGCAGUGAGAGUUUGGUUGGGGGUGGGGAGAGUGGGGGGGAGGGACAGCAGGGGGGAGGGGGGGAUGGACAGCAGCUGACGGGCGGGGGGCUGUAUACUGGCUUCAUAGCCAAGGUGAAGGGCCAGCAGCUGCCGGGGGACUUUGUGAGUUAUUUGCGCAAGGUUCAGAAGCCGGAGCUGGUGGAGGUGGGGAAGCUGCACAAGUUGAGGUUGUUGUUGAGGAAUGAGACGGUGGCGUGGAUCGAGGAGUUUAUCAGGCAGUGCGGGAUGGAGGAGAUUGUGGAUUUGCUGAAAAGGACCAUGGCGUUGGAGUGGAGAGAGGAACACGAAGACGCGCUCCUCCACGAAGUCCUCCUCUGCCUCAAGGCGCUCUGCACCACCUCGCUGGCGCUGAAAUACCUCCACACCAUCCACGCGACUCUCUUCCCCUCUUUGUUGCAUCUCAUCUUUGACCCCGAAAAGAAGGGGCCGUCCGAGUUCACCACGAGGAAUAUUAUCACUUCCAUCCUGUUCACUUACAUCCAGCACGCGCCCUCUCCCGGCGAGAAAAUCACCCGCGCCAGCACCGUUUUGUCUUUUCUCCGCGACCCUGACCCGAUAAAAACAAGCCAGACAAUCGAGUUCAUCGCCCAGAUGCAGAAACCGCGACCUUACCGGGUCUGGAACAAGGAGGUGGUCAACGUCACCAAGGAAGUCUUUUGGAUCUUUCUGCACAACCUCAACAUUGUGGCCUUGCCCCCUCCACGGGAUGAGACCUCGCCUGAGAUUGUGUUUACUCACGAGGGGUACAUGGAGCGGCAUUUCCCACAGGAACGACCUCCCGUUCCGGCGGCGCCCUAUGUCGGGGGUGUGGAGUGGGACGCGACGAACUAUUUGGCUUCUCAUUUGGACCUGCUGAACGCGAUUAUUGCGUGUACGGGGCCGACGAGGGAGGAGAGGAAUCAACUGAGGGAAGAGCUGAGGGUUAGCGGGUGGGAGAAGGCGAUGGGGGGCACGAUGAGGAUGUGCAAGGAAAAGUUUUAUGGGGGCGUUCACGAUGGGCUGAGGACGUGGGUCAAGGCGGCGGUGGAGGACGGGUGGGAUGUGAGGGAUGUCAGGUUUGGUCCGCCGGUGGAGGCCAAGUCGAGGGGGGCGAGCCCGGCCAAGAAGCAGCAGCCGCCUGUCCAGCCGCCGAGGUUGGAGAUGCCGAAGUUUGACUUUGGGCCGUUGCCGCAGGUUGUUCCGGCUGUUGUUGGGGAUGGUGGUAGUGGGAGUCAAGGGGUUGGGUUGGGGAUUAAUACUUCUGUUGCGCAUGUUGGUAACGGUGGUGGUGGUGGUGGUGGAGGUGGAGGGAUGACGCCAAAGAUUGGGACGCCCAGGGUGGGGGGGGUGGUGAAGGCGGAUGAUUUUUGGUUGUCUUGAGGGGGCGUUUGUACAAAAAGUUGUAUGAAACCGAGGGUUAGGGGUGUGAGAUCAAGAAAGGGUCAGGGUGGGAUGACCUAGUGUUGGAACAGCAAGGAGGAGGGUUAGGGGUUGGGCAUGAAGGACCAGGAGAUGGACAGAGACGAGGAGGAACAGCACCACACACACAUCCGCAUCUCACAUCACGAAACGACAUGUACAUGAACUGGAGUAAGGCUAGGGAACUUUUGUUUUUUUUUGCUAGGAUUAAUGCAAACCGGUUUAUUGCCAACCUUAGGCUGACUUGGUAUGGACUUGUCUGUAGAACUGGGCUCCAUGUGUUGGCCAGCAUGUGAAUGGGCAGGUUUGCUCGUCCUCUUACUGUCACUGCUAUUGUUGUUAUUGCUGCAGUCGUGGUUGUGGUUGUUGUUGUUGCAGCUGUGGCAGCGGUGCUGAGUUGUCUCGACCUCGCCUACAAUUUCAUGAUUUCUUUUUUUUAACCUUCUCGCCCCUCUCUACCCCCUUCGGCAAACAUUCGCCUCCCAAGACGUGCGUCUCAAGGCAUUUCCCGUAUGCUCGCCACGGAAAAAGAGACACGGCUCCUGUCUGAUCUAGACAUCAAGGCCCAUCAUAUCAUACAUGAUCCCAAAACGGGAAGGGGUAUCGAGCCGUUCGCGUACCGGAUUUGUGUCGUCUGGGUGGUUGGUGGCUGACACAGACCGCUGCUUGUCUCCGCCACAAUCGAUGUCCUUGUGUAUUUUUGAAAAAGUCCUAGAGGAGUGGCGAGAUGGCAAGGACGGCAGACCUCCCCGCUGCUAGGCUCCCAAGUCAGCAGUAUUGUCCGCUCUAUGGGGUUGCUUCCGGGUAUGGGGCACGAAGGCUGGAAGGUGUGGGCCACAAUAGGCUCUGGGGUGAGAAGAUAAAAAGGAGAUUGCACAUUCAUCGGGGAUGACUAUGACUGGAUUGACCUUGUUUCCUUCCCCACACACCCCCUCCCUGAUCUCCAGAUGCCGGGGAUGUUUCUCUGUGUCAUCGAUAUGAUCAUGGUUGGGAGUUCGGAGAGGCGUGUUUGGCUAAUGAAGCUCUCGUCAUGACUGUAUGGUUGAUGAAAAUUUCAUCAUGUAUUUACCACAAGAACCAUUUUACCGAGACUCAUCAGUACAACGCGCUCACCUGCGUCUUUCGAUGCUCUUUGAUCCGCUUUCCAGGAGGAUGGGCCCAAGAAGCUGACCUGCCCGUCGAGGAAUCCACAUAUUAUGCUCUUGAGCUGGUGUCCGGGAUAGCCGAUAUUCGAGUGUCCAUAGGUCGCUAACGGCCUCGUCGGGGAGCAGGGACAACCGCCACAUGCGUUGACAGGGAGGUCGGUGGGGAGGAGAUUCUGUAGGUGCCCAAAGACCCAGCCGGAUGUUUUGACCCCCUUCUGAGAGUCAGCUGAGCCGACAACAGACUGCUCUUGCUGGCCCGCAGGUGCUCCCUUCACCAUGAUGCCCAAUCACACCGGCAGGUCGUGUGGACGGGAGUAGAGAGGGUGUGCUUGCGAUUCCAAUCAGUGUCUGCCUGGGGUGAGUUCGG